CUUGGUGAGCCCGCCCCUAGCGUGCGAAAUCCUUUCUAGGGCUCAGUUGCGUCAUAACGCUGCUCCGCCCAGGCCAGGCCGCUAAAGCUGUGUUUCCUGCAGAGCCGCUUUCACUUCGCUGCCUAAGACCAUGGGCGCUUUCCUGAGUGGUGGCCAGGAUGGUCCGGAGCCCGCGCAGCCCCAGCCUCCGGCGCCAGAGGGUCCGCAGCAGCCUCAGCCCGAGCCCGGCCCAUGGGGACCACUGGAUGAUGUGCGCUUUCUGAUCGCCUGCACAUCCUGGUACUGACCCGGUUACCCCUGGCCUACGUGCCCUCUUGGGUCUGGCCCGGCUGUGUCUCCUCACUCCAUGAUUUCUUACUUCCUCACUCUGGGCAGAGAUUCAGGAAAGACCCUAGAGACUGGAAGUCCCACAGGGCGACCUCGGGGGACUGCUCCCCAAUCUCUCAGAUUUGUUCCUUCCUCACCAGCCCCUGAACCAGAUCAUUUCCAAGCCCCUUUGCAGCUCCGUCCUGGGGCAGCCUCACUGAAAAGAAGAACCAGGACCAGAUGUGGGCCUUCUAGCAGGAUCUGAUACUGUUGAACUCUGGUUUCCCUUGCUAGAACUGAGCUGCUGAUGGUGUCUCAGGCCACGGGCCCUGUGCCCUGUCUCCAGAGAAACCUUGCCACAGUGACCCUCCCAUACUCCUGAGGUACCUGGAGGGAGGACAUCUAAUUGCUGGCUAGCAGAUGUGUGAGGCAGCUGCAGAACGCCCCAGUGUACCCUUCUCUCAGUAGCUUUUUAAGGGCACACUCAGGCCCUCGUCUUUGUUCCCACACCCCAGGGAAAAGACGCUGUAUUUCUGUUUUAUUUAGAAAUGAUUUAAAAAACAUCAUACAAAGGCUGAUCAGUUUAAAAUGUGACCGACACUGAGAUGCUGUGAUGUCACCCAGGCUGAGGGGAAGCCGAGCUCUGGGGGCCCUGGUGCUUUGCCCCUCUGACUGCUCUGGCCUGGGGUGAUGGACAAACAGAUGACUGCAGGCAGAAGAAUCCAAGAUUGGAAGCCUCUAGGCUGAGCCCUCUGGGCCCGGCCCUGCAUCCCUCACACCUGCAGCCUGGGCUGCCUGCCUCCAUCUCCUGCUCUUUCUCAACUGGUCUUGGAGUACCAGGAGCCAACAGGGAGUGUGCGGGGCCUAGAGCUUUCAAGAAGUGAGAGCACCAACCUGAGGAGAGGGACCAGGAAGUUGGGGGAGGGAGGCCCAGAAGAGAGGACUAGAAAAGACAUUGAUCUCAGACCCUAGAAGGGCCCACAGAUGGGAACACAGACCCAGCCAGGGCCACUGAUGGCAGGGGUAGAUAACAACACUUCCCUGGGCUACAUUUGAGGGCAAGAUGAGGGCUGCCCUCAGUCUCUUAGGGCUUUCGUGUAAGUGGACAGGUGUGAGCUAAUAAAGUGCUUGGCAAAGUAUAAAA